CCAUCCUAUUUAUAUGAGGAGGAGUUUGGAAAUGGUCGCUGUUCUUCGAGUUGUUCUCUGUUUUUGUCUUUUAUCUACUAUUGUGACUGCUUUUCAGUGUCGAGUAAAUAGUUGUAUAAGAUGCUCUAGUUCUUCUCCUGUUGAUUGUACAGUGACUCCUGUUGAUCAAUACAGUUAUAACUAUUACUGUGAAGCUCCCUCACACUGUACCCCUCAAAAUGUACCUGGUUCAAACCGGGAUGGAUAUUACUGUUAUGCUUCUCUUUUUAUAAGGAACUUAAAUUCAACAGAUUUUGAUGGACAUUGGUUUAGUUUUUUUCAGGUUGAAUCUUGUGAAGAAGCAGCUGGCUCUGAAUUGACAGAUGAUUGUUUGAGUAUCACCAAGAGAGUGUCUUCAUUGGAAGGAACUAACAUAUUCUGUCGUUGUACAGAAGAUAACUGUCAAGAUAUAUUUAAUGUCACCAUAAUUAUUGAUCCACCAAAUGAUGUUAGUAGCUCUACUCUCAUUAAUGGAGUCAUAACCAGUUCACCUUCUCCUCCAUCAGUUUAUUCGUCAGUACCUUUGUCUCUAUCUUUAUCCUCAUCUACAAUUGAUCUGACUACUAGCUCAGUCUCAUUUUCUAUAAAUACAUCUCCUACUCUAAUAACUGUUACUAAUACUCACACGACUGGUAUAUUAACUACAUCAUCUGUUGUUCCUAGUAGUACAGGGGUCAUUCCAUCAACCGAUACAAUGGUGACAAUUAUUCUUUCUUCUGUUAUAGCUUUUCUAGCAAUCACACUAGCCAUCAUUGGUCUUUUGAUAGCUUGUACCCUUGUCUGUUACUGCCGUAAAUACUCAUCAAAUUCACGUCGUCAUUCACAUCAAAUACAGUUUCCAGCUGCUCCUAACAUUGAACUAGAUGAAAGAUCAGCUCCUCUUCCAUUUCAACUCCUCCAGCCUAUCGGUAAUGGCAGGUUUGGCUCUGUCUGGAAAGCUUUAUAUAACAAUGAGACCGUGGCUGUAAAAGCAUUAUCUUUGCAUCACAAACUUUCCUGGCAAAACGAGAGGGACAUACAUCUUCUCGAUUCUACUCCUCAUGAAAACAUACUCAAGUUUAUAUCCAGUGAAAGCCGUGGUCGUGGUUCUAGUUCAGAGUACUUCAUCAUAACGGAAUACCUUCCAUUAGGAUCACUCCACCAGUUCUUGCGUCAUAAUACCCUCUCUUGGGAACAAGCAUGGAACAUCAUGUACUCCAUCGCCAGUGGCAUCACUCACCUACACUCCAACAGCUAUUAUAACUCAAACGGUUUACUAUUAGAGAAAUACUCAAUAGCCCACAGAGACAUUAAGCCCAGUAAUAUACUGGUUAAGAGUGUCUCUGGUCAUUGUGUUGUCGCUGAUCUUGGAUUAGCAUUCAUUCUAGACCCAGCUGCUGAUGAUAGAAAACUAGCAGUCUCUGGACAGGUUGGUACUUAUCGCUACAUGUCACCAGAAGCGUUAGAUGCUCGUGUUAAUCUAAGGGACAUUGAGUCCUUUAAGCAAAUUGAUAUGUAUGCAUUGUCACUGGUGCUGUGGGAAGUGUGUAUGAGGUACCAGUCUGAUGAUGUCCCUGUUCCUCCAUACCAGUCUCCUUUCUUUGAUAUGGUUGGUGAGAAGCCAACGCUUGAGCAAAUGAAGGAGAUUGUGGUUAAUGCUAAUAAAAGACCUGGUUUCACGGGAGUAUGGUAUAGCGAUAAGAAUUUAAAACGGAUCAUAAAGCUCAUUAAAGAAGGUUGGGAUGAAGACCCAGAGGCUAGACUGACGGCUGCUAACAUCAAGAUACAGCUGGAGAGCCUCAUCGGAAUGAGACCUAAACUUGACUCGCUCUCCUCUCCUUUAUCUCCACCACCCGAGGGAGAGGGUGUCUUCCUCUCUCCGGUCUCAGAGACAAGUCACUCUUCUUGUAAGAAAGUCCACAUCAGUGCAUCGUUCUCUGGUUCAACAAACGCCAUGCUUUCUCCAGCUGCUGCUCCUCAUUCGUUUCAUGGGAGGUUCUCAUUAGAUCAUGGGGGACACAAUCCAGUCACUGUCAGUAUGAUUCUCUCCCUCAGUGACGUACAAGUGCAAUACAGACCACCAGAUACAGUAGCUACAGCUAAUAGUGAGUCUAUUACUGUUCCUGCUCUUAUACCACAAUCUGAGCCAACUACAGCUCCACAAUUGGCUAGUAAUAAUGAAGUAUCUAAUGGAGGAUCACAAGAUGAAGUGAAUGUCAUUGAUGCUACCACGGGACAGCCAAAGAGACUCUCUGAUGCGGAACACGAUGACACAACAACUUCACUUUCAUGAUUAUACCAAUACUCAGUUACCAUACAAAUAUUAUUCAUGACAUUCAGAUCUAUACAUGUACAUUGUAAUUGUGUGUCAUGUCUUGUGUUUAUGUGUCAGGACAGAAUUAUAAAGAAAAUACUAAAAACAA